AUGGCGCAAGAGAGCUCCGACGUGGUUAUGGGGAUACUGUGGAAGUGGGUGAAUCUCGGGCGUGGCUGGGGCAUGCGACUCUUUGUCCUAGAAGGGGGCGCUCUGUCCUUCUUCAAAUUGGACGGUCCAGAUAAGGCCAUCGUGCUUCACGAGCUGCAGCGGCGGCCAGGCGCGCGACUGAUCGGCGACGAGAUUCGUCGCUACGUGCGAAUCGAGCGCGAAAACGGCGUGCUGGCGACGUCGCUGGGCGUGCUGGGCGACAGAACGCCGCACGGGCAGAUCGAGCUCCACGUGUCAACCAUCCGCGCAAGCACGACGGACAACCGAAAGUUUUACGUGUUCGGGCACAGAACGCUGGGUCUUAGAACGGAAUCCAAAGCGGGGCGGUCGCUUUGGAUGGAAGCCAUAGAAAACGCGCGCGUGAACCUAAUUAAGAGGCUCCACGCGGCGCCGAAUAAGGUGGACGUGUCGUCGCACGUGUGCUUCGACGCGGUUAGGACGUACAUGCAGCGGAACGGGGUGGAAGAGGAGAUUAUAAGCGGCGUUGAGGAGCUAGUUCGGAGGAAGGUGGUGGUGCGGCUCGAGACUAAGUUACGGGAGGAGCAGAGGAAGCGGUUGCAGCUGCUGACGCUGCUGCGGCAACUCGAGGCGGAGAAGGUGGAGCUGGAAACGGCGGUGGUGGACGAGAAGAGGCAGCAGGGCCAACCCAGCAGCAGCGCCAUGCUACUGGGCGAAGAGGACGACGAUGCAGACAGCACGUUCAACGACGACGAUGGGGACGACGAGGGGGACGACGACCCGGGCGCGCUGGCCGUUGGCGGGGGCGGCAGGGCGCGGAAGCAGCCGCGGCUGACGUCGACGGUGCGGGAUACGGACGAGGACGAGGGGGACACGGACAGUGACUGUAAUGACGAGUUUUACGAGGCCAUGACGGAGUUUGCUGGACAGGGCAUGGUUAAACGCGUGCUGGAUAUCGAGGAGGUGGGGUUCAGCUACCCGCACGUACCAAGGCGAGUGAAGCUGCCCGACCCGGAGGAGGAGGAGAAGCCGCUGAGCCUGUGGUCCGUGCUCAAGGAGUGCAUGGGCAAGGACAUGUUCAAGGUCUCGCUGCCCGUUAGCUUCAACGAGCCGCUCAGCUCGAGCCAGAAAUACCUGGAGAUGCUUGAAUACUCGUGGCUGCUCGACCGGGCGGCGGAGUAUGGCCGGAGGGGCAACCGGUUGAUGAGAGCAGCACAUGUGGCAGCAUUCGCAGUGUCACGAUACUCAGGCAACGAUGGGCGCAUGCACAAGCCCUUCAACCCGCUCCUGGGGGAGACCACCGAAGGGGACUAUCCCGACAAAGGCAUCCGUUACAUCUCCGAGUCGGUGGUGCACUAUCCGCCAAUGAUAGCCUGGCACGUCGACGGCACAGGGUGGAAGUUCUGGGGCGACGUGUGCCCCAAGAUUCGAUUCUGGGGGCCGUCCAUCCAGCUGGACCCUGUGGGCGUGCUGACUGUGCAGUUUGACGACGGGGAGACGUACGAGUGGAGCAAUAACCUCAUUCUGGGGAAGCCCUUCGUGGAGCACUACGGCACCAUGCGCAUCAAGGGCAACCGCGGCUACUCUGCCCGCCUGCGCUUCAAAGAGCGCUCCACCUUUGACAGGAACCCGCACCAGGUGCGGGGGCUGGUGCAGAACGAGGCAGGGGACGAGCAGGGGACGCUGAUGGGGAGGUGGGACCAGCACAUGCACUACGUGCCGGGGGACCUGACGAGCAAGACAGCCAAGGAGGAGAGCGAGGUGCUGGCCACGGCGCAGCUCAUCUGGAAGAAAAACCCCGUGCCGCCCAACACCAAGUACAAGUUCACGCCCUUUACAAUCACACUCAACGAGCUCACUCCCUCGCUCAAGGCCUGUUGGCACCCCGCGGGCUUUUCUGUGCCCCAGGGGACAACAAUUUCUGAGGCGCCUCUAGACCUAUCUUCCAUUCAUUCUUACUCUCCCUCUCUUCUUCCUCCCUCGGCAGGGGUGUCUGCCCCCCACGGACUCGCGGCUGAGGGAGGAUCAGAGGGCGCUGGAGGAGGGGCGGUACGACUUUGCCAACCAGGAGAAGUGCCGCCUGGAGCAGCGCCAGCGCAAGGAGAAGUGCCGCCUGGAGCAGCGCCAUCGCGAGGUGAGGCUCGUGCCCAGGCGCUCAAAGACGGGGAACCAGGGUGGGGCCCACGGUGGUUCAAGCCCUCAGGGCCUAACAACACGUGGCGGUACACCGGGGGUUACUGGGAGCGCCGGGAGAAGCGGGACUGGUCUGGUGUGCUGGACAUGUUUGCACCGGAGGAGACCGAUGGCGAUGCUAACAAGGCAUAG